CUCCAUCGCCUCUCUUGUGAUGUCCCGUCCUUUGCCCUUUUCGGCCCCCACUCUUUUCUCUUCGGCGUUCCCAUUUUCUAUUCCGUGGUGGGGUUCGUCGCGGUGGCCGCCGCCGCCGCCUCCGCCGCCGCUGCCGCUGCCGCAUUGGGAAAAGGGGUUUGGGCAAUGGGGCGAAUCUCUGGGAUGGCGAGAGAAGAGGAGUGAUGUAUCUUCUCUUUCUUCGAACCAGUGAAGUACGAUAAAGAGAGGGAGAGAGAGGGAAAGGAGAGAGGCGGGGUAAGAAGGGAGAAGAGCAUGUGUGAUUUGGUGGCCCGCACGGGUCGACAUCAGCAGCGGUACGAGGCCGGUUGUCGCCUUGUCGCCGGAUGUAUACCAUUCAAAUAUAGAAAGUGCGAUGAAAGUUGUGGUUCUAAGCCCAAGAAUAUUAUUGAAGUUCUUAUGAUAAAUUCACAAAGUGGACCAGGCCUUCUGUUUCCAAAGGGAGGGUGGGAAAAUGAUGAAACUGUUGAAGAGGCUGCUGUAAGGGAAGCUCUUGAAGAAGCAGGUAUUCGAGGGGAUAUAAUGGAAUUUUUGGGAUUCUAUUACUUCAAAAGCAAAAGUCAUCAAGAUGAGUUUUGCCCAGAUGGCCUGUGCAAAGCUGCAAUGUUUGCUAUGCAUGUCAAGGAGGAGCUUGGCUCAUGGCCAGAACAGAGCAUGCGCCAGCGGAGAUGGCUUACCAUUCCUGAAGCACUGGAGCAAUGUAGGCAUCCAUGGAUGCAGGUAGCUCUUAUUGAGGGAUUCUCAAAGUGGCAUGCCAAUACCAUGAUGAGUGCUGAAGAGGGUGAUCCUGGAACCAUCAGUCCCAGCCCAGCAAGAUGAACCUGCUCUGAGAGUGCCAGACUUUUUUUUUUUCCUUUUGUUUCUUGAAGAUACAGAAACAACACCAAUCUCCAGAUGUUUACUUUGAAUGGACUAGCGCAAUGUUUUCCCUUUUAAGUAAAAACAGAAACAACACCAGUGCUCUUCUGAUGUGUAACCGUUUGACAACUUCUCACUAGUAGGCCUUGUACUGCCUGACUAUUGAUGUUUCUGCAUUUAAUGAGUCUACAAUCUUAAGGACAUGCCUUUUGCCCUCCAGUAAAGAUGCUUGUGGAUGAAUUCUAAU